AUGAGCAACCCCGAUAUUCAACUUGAAACUGGCUCAGAUAGAGGAUGGGAGACCAAGAAGGGUGAGGAGGUGCUCCAGAGUGUUGCAGAAAGUCAUGUUCUUGCCUUUUCCCUUCAACGCUCAAGAGAGAGAUGGCUCACCUCCGUGCUCCCAAAGUUUUCCAGCAAGGUCAAAAAGGGAUUUAAGGCUGGAUCAGAUACUUCAUCGCCUCCGCCACACAGUUUGCAUCUUCGCGGAAAAUGUGAAGUUCAGAUUGGUCCUCAUAUAUUCCCAAAUACUACGUUCUACGAAGCAAUCUAUCUCCCUACAUAUCAUUCAAACCAGGGCCUGAUUUCGACUUCUUACGCCAGUACCACCCCUUCUGCUCUUGAACCGACCAUGGCUACUCCUGCUCUCAUAGAUCAAAUUAAUGCCGCUGCCGCGACGAACCCUAUCCUGGCAUCUCUUCUUCAGCUUGCCAAUGCCGGGCAGGCGACUCCAGAUCAACUGCACAUGCUGAGUAUCACUAUCCGGUCGUUGGCCGCUAAUCCUUUACCUGCGUCGCAAUAUAGUAGUUUGAACGCUCAGAAUUCAAGUGCACUGUCUACCACACCAGAGUCAAACAAGGAAUUUGAUCUCGUUAUUGAAUUUGAGGCAUCCUCUAACCGCUUCAUCUUUCCUCGCGGAACUACAGUGUGCGAGCGUGUAUCAGGAUCCGAAGACAUCGUCGUGACCUCAUAUAUUCAACUGCAGAACAGUAGCUCGAUGCAGAAAAUAACAGAAGAAUCACAAGGGCAGAGCUCAAGUCAAUAUCGUAUGUUAAGGUUGUCUUUGCACGGAGCUUCCGAAUCUCUGUGGGAUAGUUUGAACCGCUGGGCAGGUGGAGAAGACAUCAUGAAUGCAAAUAGGAAAACUUUGAACCAACUUAAAGGCAAGCAGCCGCGAAAAACCUACCUUGCCUAUCGUCUUCCAGAGGGACUACUACUCGAUCACAUCAAAGCCGCAGUGUCAGCUCCUUACCCCAUGAAAGCUCUCAAGCCCCCGGCUUCGCUUCUCAAGUCUAGGCGUAUCAGGAAGCCUGUUACAAAGACGCCUCAGGAACUAGAAAGAUCUUCACUCGACACUCAAACAAACGCAAAACCACCGCGACGGAAAAGGAGUGCUGCUGAAUUGAACGCGGCUUUGGAUCUUGCUGCCGCGAUCACUGGUGCAGGGAGUGUUGCUAACUAUAGCCUGACUCAAUCAAGUCAUUCUUCUGCUCUUCCUACUCCUUCUGCUCUCACAGAUACCUCUACACACGCAGCUCCUCCGCCACCGAAGAAACGAAAACAACGCACAACCUUGAAAUCAGAAUAUCAAUCUCAGCCUGCAGCGACUGAAAUUAAGUGUAGGUCAUGUCAAGCGACUGAUGUUCCUCUAAUGCUUGGUGGACGAUUCUGUCGUCCUUGUGUCGAAGCAGGUCGGGGAAUUGCCGACAUCCCCCAAUUACCGAACUAUACUCGCGCCCCUCAGGCAUCAGCUUACACUCCAAAGUAUAUUCUUCCUCCCCUUCCCCUUCCGCCGAUGGCGACUCAUCACUUUACGUUGAUGGAUCCAACUUCUCGUUAUCCAUCAGCGACAAUUUCUGGACCCAGACCCGAUGUAGUGGCCAGUUACGCUCUAAACAAUAUCCACUCAGGAACUCUGGCAACACCUAAUCUCACAACGAUGACCAAUAUACCGACAAAUCAAUCCACUCCUCCGAACGUAGAAAACUAA